CACGAUCUGUGUACGGCGCGACGCCCGGACGCGACCGGAGUGCUCCCACUGUACGUCCGAACGUAGACAGAAGAAGACGGAAGAAGAAGAAGAAGAAGAAGACGGAAGGAGAAGAAGAAGACGGAAGGAGAAGGAGAAGAAGAAGAAGAAGACGGAAGGAGAAGAAGAAGAAGAAGAAGAAGACGGAAGUGUCGAUGGCUACUGCAAAGAAACGCGCUGCUUUGGCAAUAAGUGCAAUUUUGUGUACAGAAAGCCCUAAAAAGAAAAGGCGAGGACGUAUUUGGACAAAGACAUGGCUGAGGAAACGUGACAUCUACGGUCUGUCUGUUUUACAGAAAGAACUUGAGGUAGAUGAUAUGGCGGGAUUUCGGGAGCUUCUGCGGAUGUCGGUCGAGGACUUUUCUUAUCUCCUGGAGAGGGUGACACCACACAUAAUAAAGAAAGACACACACCUAAGAAAAGCCAUCAGCCCCAGGGACAGGCUCUCUGUGACCUUACGCUUUCUGGCAACAGGCGAGACCUUCAAGUCAUUAGGUUUUCAAUACAGGAUUGGAAGCACAACACUGAGUCGGAUAGUGAUGGAAACGUGCACAGCCCUCACUACAGUGCUGCGGGAUGUUUACUUGAAGACACCAUCAACUGACUCUGAGUGGACGGCCAUAGCCAGAGACUUUGAAGACAAAUGGCAGUUUCCACACUGCUUAGGAGCAAUAGAUGGGAAACAUGUAUUCAUUCAACCCCCUCGCAACAGUGGAAGCAUGUUUUAUAACUACAAGUCUAGGUUUUCCAUCAUACUCAUGGCAGUUGUUGACGCAAACUACAAGUUUGUGUAUGCAAGCGCAGGGACACAAGGAAGGGUGUCUGAUGCUGGAGUGUUUGCUCAUUCUGACCUUAGAGAUGCUAUGGACACAGGCAUACUGAAUUUCCCCCCCGAUGACUCCCUGCCAGGCACUGAUAAUGUGAUUCCCUACAUGUUUAUUGGUGAUGAUGCGUAUCCCCUCCGACCAGAUCUGAUGAAACCAUAUCCCUUUCGGAACCUUAACAACAAUCAGCGGAUCUUCAACUACCGUCUUUCCAGAGCACGGCGUGUUGUGGAAAAUGCUUUUGGAAUUCUUGUGAAUCGCAGAGGUCUGAGGGCUACGUACCACCUGGUUAUGUAG